AUGGUUCGCAUUCAGGGCUUUGAGGGUUUCCAAUAUUCUAGAGAUGGCGAUGAGUUUGAGCAGCGAGACUACGCUUUCUUCAACCAGCAGUACGCCAGCUCAACCCACAAGAGAGACAGAGGCAUGGACCCGGAUCUUAUCGUCCGGCCCAAAAAUGACGACGAUGUGAUCAAGGCGGUCAACUUUGCCCGAAACAACAACAUCUCCAUUGCUGUCAAGAGCGGUGGUCACCAGUACAGUGGCGCAUCAUCAACCACCGGCAAGAAUAUCCAGAUCGACUUGUCCAACACUUACAAGGAUCUCAUGGUCAUCAAACCCGCAAACCCAAUUGCCGAUGAUCGAGCAUUGGUUCACGUCGGCGUUAGCAUUCGCAACUUUGAGCUGAACGCCUAUCUCAAGCACAACAGACUCUUCGUCCCCCACGGCCAGUGCGCCUAUGUUGGCAUUGGAGGACAUGGCCAAACGGGGGGUUAUGGCCAGCUGUCCCGAAGCUUUGGACUCUUCGGCGACCACAUCAGAACUAUUACCAUGGUCUCUCACGAUGGUGAUAUUCGAGACAUCAGCAAGGCAAGCGACCCGGAGCUCUUCUGGGCCAUCCUUGGCGGCAGUCCUGGCAACUUCGGCAUCAUCACACACUACAUCAUUGAGGUCUACAAGUCCCAGAGCUACAUCACUGACGUCCCUGGCAUCAAUGGCUCCAGGAACCCACAGGGCAUCAAAGCCCUCUGGCUGUACAACAAAGAGUUGCUCAGUACACUUCUUAACGCUGUUGCUAAGAUGGCUGACGACCCUUCCGUACCGCGUGGGUUCGAUCUCUGUAUCAGUGUUCUUAGCCAAGACUUCCCCAUUGCGACAAUGUUCAAAGAGCUGCAGGAUGGCAAAGAAUGGAGCAAGAUGCAGGAGUUGAUAAACUCCCAGAUUGGAGAAGAUAUCGCAAACUUCCUCGAGGGCAAGUUUCCGGCUGCUAUCAUACUUUAUGCUCAAUGGUGCCCUACCAGCAAGACAGACAGAUACGAUGAAAGCGUUGAUGCUUGGUUCAGCCAGUUCAAAAACCUCAAAGGAAUCGCGCUUCAAUACAAGAAGCUUGACAUGGAGAUGGCCGAUAUGACUGGUCAAUGGAUCUUUCCAAAGGAGCGCGAGUUCGAACUCCCCUACGAAAAGCGGACGUACGCAACUAGCUCUAGAACUCUCGUCAAAGACAGCUGGGUUCAGGCAGCAGUUGAUCGCAUCGACCUUAUCUACAACCCCAAGUCGGCAAUCGAGGGCCACAAAGGUGACAAGGAGUUCGAGCUCUAUCAGAGAUGCAAGCUUGCAGUGCAGAUCCAGUGCUUCGGGGGGGAUCAUUCCAUGUUCAACCUCAACAAGGACAACGGCACCUCGUAUAGCUGGAGAGACAGUACCGUCGUCCAAGUACUCGAUUGUUUCUACCGGGACGACGACGAGUCGAGGAAGAUCGCCCAAGACUGGCAGGCUACGAAUGACUCUCUUAUGAACGGGCCCACCAGCCCUUUCAGCAAGCAAGACAAGCGCCUUCUGUGGGGCUCUUACGGCGACUGGAACCUGGGGGACAAGAAGGUUUGGAAGUAUUACUAUGAGGAUGAAGAGAAGUACAAGAGAAUCGGGAGGGCGAGGGCCAAGGCUGACCCCAACGGGACGUUCACAGCGAACCCGUUUGCUGUUACGGCAGCCAAGUAG